UGAGAAAUUUUGGAUCAGAAAAGAGGCACCAGGGCCUUGACCUGUUCUGCUCCUUCCUCUUCUGCCCUGCACCAGAGACAGUGCACAGCUGGACCUUAUAUAACUGGGUUUUGAGCAGCACUAGUCUCAAGACUGCUAUAAGAUCCUGGCUUCUCCCUCUAAGCCCCAAUUAACAUUUCUGCCCAGCUGUCCUGACCUAAAGCUGGACUAAAGAUUGGGACGGUUUACAGCUUGAUCUAACUACUGUGCUCCCUGCAAGAUUGCUGCCUACCAUGAAGCCCUGUCUCAUCUUCACUCUCCUGAGCACAGCUGGAGUCGUUCUGGCCAGAGAUUCUAAAGAUGAUGACCUAAACUUACCAGAAGAUUUUACUAUUCCUUACAUGGUCUACCUGCAGUCCAGCCCAGAGCCCUGUGUGGGGUCUCUCAUUCACCCUGAGUGGGUACUGACAGCUGCCCACUGCUCCUCACCCGUUAAAAUCCGCCUGGGAGUUUAUCAACCUAGCAUCAGAAAUAAGAAAGAGCAGAUACGGAACUACUCAUUGAUUAUCCCUGCCCCUGAGUUCAAAGCACAGUCUCUGGAGAAUGACCUGAUGCUGAUAAAACUGUCCAAGGCCGCUGUACUCAACAACUACGUGGGGACCAUAGCCAUAUCUAUGGAGCCCUUAACAUUUAAUGAUUCCUGCUUUAUCCCAACCUGGACUUGGAAUCAAUUCAAAAAUCUCAGUGACCCUGACAUCCUGACUUGGAUAAACCAACAUUCUCAUCCCUUCAGUGACUGCAGGAAUAUGAUAGGAGAGAGAAUGGCAGUAAACAUCAUGUGUGUGGGACAACCUUUAAGCAUCAUAUCUAAAACCAAGCCAGAAGUUUCAGCUGCUCCAGCUGUCUGUGGUGGGAGGCUACAUGGAAUCUUAUCCUGGGACAAAGGAAGUGUCACCCUGGGAAGUGAAGGGUUUUUCACAGAAGUUCAUCCCUAUGCAAGAUGGAUCAUGAAAACCAUUACUACCCACUGAGGGUAUCCGCUUCUUUGUCCCUCAAUGCAACAUCUUCAUGAUUUCUAUACUGAAUUCACAACUCUCUCAAUCUUUCUUGUUCUUGGACAGAAUCCAAAUAAGAAAACAUUCAGUAAAAAAAAAAAAAAAAAAAAAAAA